AUGCAAGUGGACCCAGAAACGAUUUUCACUCGACUGGACAGAAUCGGCCGAGGAAGCUUCGGUGAGGUGUUCCAGGCAAUUGAUAAUCGCUCGGGGCAGAUAGUCGCAAUCAAGAUUAUCGACCUUGAAGAAGCGGAAGAUGAAAUCGAGGAUAUUCAGCAGGAGAUCAUGGUUCUCUCGCAGUGCGAUAGUCCAUAUGUCACCAAAUACUAUGGAUCUUACUUAAAAGGAAGCAAAUUAUGGAUAGUAAUGGAAUACCUGGGCGCUGGCUCGGCGUUAGAUUUGAUGAAGCCCAGUUCCCUGGAAGAGCAUCAUAUUGCUAUCAUUCUGCGAGAAAUACUCAAAGGGUUGGAUUAUCUGCACUCGACGCGAAAGAUACACCGCGAUAUCAAAGCGGCGAAUAUCUUGCUUUCUGAGCACUGCGAGGUGAAGCUGGCCGAUUUCGGAGUCGCUGGGCAACUGACGGACUCAAUUCGUAAGCGUGUGACGUUCGUUGGAACUCCGUUCUGGAUGGCGCCCGAGGUUAUAUUGCAGUCAUCGUAUGACAUCAAGGUAUUUGUUUCAGUUCAGCAUGUUCUGUUGCUUCCUACUUAA